AUGGAAAUACCCGCGUUCGGGGGCGACGUCAAGCUGCCCGAGUCGAUCGUGGACGCGCUGCCCACGGAAUCGUUCAUCAAGAGCGGCACAGCGUCCGACAUCCAGAUGCGCAUCAGGCGCUCCCGCAGCAUCGGCAACCUCAACGAAUACAAAUCUCAGCUCCAACGAUUCGAGAAGUUCGUGUGGGCGCUGCCAGCCAAGAUCAAGAGCCAACACCACAUCAUCACCGGCCUCCCUCGUCGCCUCUCCCAGCGCAACAAACGGUUCGCUGCGGAGAAGGUGUCGGAGAACAAGCUGGGCGACGUGGGGCCGCAGCUGCCGGUCGAUCCGACCAUCCUGGCCGUGUGCGUGUUCCCCUUCGUCCCGCUCUGCCUCUACGCCCUCUUCACCGUCGCCCUUUCCACCAUCGUCGGCUACCUCUUCUUCCUCCUCCUCUACUUGCUCGUCCUCGUGGCGAUCCGACCGCCGUGGUACAAGCCCACGACGCCCGAGCAGGGUCUCACCAACGAGCAGCUCCCCUCCUACUGGCAGGGCAUCUUCCACAACCCCAAGUAUAAUCUGAACCUGGACUACGAGGACGUGGAGUUCACGAACCCGGCGGGCCUGGUGCUGCGCGGCUGGUUCGUGCCGGCCGCGCCCAACGCGGCGCGCGCCACCCGCGGGCUGGGCAUGGUCUGCGUGCACGGCGGCGGCCGCGACCGACGCGCGUGGCUCCGGCACGUGCCCAUGUUCCACAACCGCGGCUACGACGUGCUUCUCUUCGACUUUUCCGAACACGGCGUCAGCGAUGGCACGAAGCGUGGGUUCAGUUUUGGCAUUCGCGAGAAGGAUGACGUCAUGGCCGCCGUCCGGUUCAUGAAGGAGCAGAAGGGCCUCCCUCGCGUGGUGGUGCUGGGCACGUCGGUGGGCGGUUCGUCGGCGAUCAUGGCCGCGGCCGAGGACCCCACCAUCGACGGCGUCAUCGCCGAAAACCCCGUCGCUUGCGUCGAGGAGUUUGCGCUGUUCCAUUUGAAGCGAAUGAUCGCCGCCUACGCGCCCAAGGCGGCGGAGAGCAUUUGGAUGAAGCCGCUCUACACGCUCGUGUCGCGCAUCCUGCUUCUGCGGAUCGGCGCCCCGUUCGGCUACACGCGGCCCUACCAGCUCAUCGCCGGCAUCUCCCCGCGGCCGGUGAUGCUCAUGCACGGCACGGCCGACGACCUGGUGCCCAUCGACCACUCCACCCGCCUCCACUCCUGCGCCAACGAACCCAAGUACCUCUGGCUCGCCAAGGACGCGUGGCAUUGCGCGUUGUACGAUCAGCACCCGGAGGAGUACGGCCGACGGAUCGCCGAGUUUGUGGACAGGCACUUCAAGGAGGACGAAGAGGAGGGUAAAGAAGAAGAAGAGGCCAACAAGGAGAAGAAGGGGUCCCUUCUGCUGGGCGAGGAGGACCAGGCCAAGAACGAGGAGGCGGCCGCCAAGAUCCAGGCGGCGAGCGAGGCGCUCACCCAGGACGAGGGCACCGCCACAGUCACGACCGAGAAGGAGGCCCAGGCCCUGCAGGAGGUUGCCGGCGAGGCCGUCGAACAGUGA